AUGAGCAUCCACGUUCGGAGUUGCGCGCUGUUUCCUUGGAUCUGUCUGGACCCCCCGCCGUGGCGCGUGGAGCGCGCGCCAUGGGGCGGUGCUGGAGGCGCCGCCAGGGGGCUCCAGCGCCGAUCCGAGGAAUCCGCGCGGACAUCCGCAGGUCUAUGUUUCUGUCAGCACCUGCUUCCCAAGGAAAGAUACGGAUACCGCUGCCCUUUCCUUGUCGCCACGGCUGGAUUUGCCUUAAUGUCGUUUUCAGAGCGCACCCGGGAGAAGCGGUAUCGAUAUCUUCUUUCCCUCCCUCGAGGUCAGCGACGAGACCAAGCACCGCACCGCGCAGACAAAGGUCGCCCACGCGGACCUCCGUGCAUUCGACAUCAGCCCAGAGGCGAUCCUGCGAGGCCAGGACAAGCGUACGACGGUCAUGGUCAGGCACCUGCACCGCGAGGGGCUCUGCUCCGGCGAGGACCUGCGGCUGCUCCUGGGGAGGUGCGGCUUCGGUGCACGGCGGCGGAUUCGUUCUUCUACAUGCCGCACAAGGGCGGCCGCCUGACGGGGCUCGCGAUCGUAAAUUUCGCCUCGCCGCUCGACGUGUGCACCCUCCACGCCGCCCUGGCGAGCGGGCUCCAGCAGGACGCGUGCGGCAGGCCCCCUGCGAAUCAGCCUGCCGUCAGCUACGCCCGCUUCCAGGGCCACGAGGAGCUGGUGCGGCAUUUCCGCGUGUCGGCAGUGCUGCAGGAGCCGGACCCCGAGAAGCGCCCGAUCUUCCGGCCGGAGGUGCUCGUUAAUGAAGUUGCAGUGGCCAGACGAAGGUCAAGAAGGCUUUGCGCGUCCCUGGCUCGUCUUGGCCAGCAGACGGCCCCCAACUCUUGA